CGCAUAUGGGAUACGACCAGCGGCGAGUGCGUACAGACACUUGAGGGCCAUAGCGUUGGGAUCAGCUCAGUGUCCUUCUCGCAAGACUCGACACGGCUAGCAUCCGCAUCGUACGACGGAACCGUCAAGAUCUGGAAUGCGAGCAGUGGCGAGUGCUUCCAGACGUUCAAUGCUGGCAAGGCACUUCUCAACAUAUCAUUUGAUUCUACCGGCUCAUGCCUUCGCACUGACAUUGGUCUCAUCACUAUAAGUAUAUCACCAGCCUUGGAUACGCCGAAUAGUAUGGACGCUCAAAAACCCCUAUAUCAGGGUGGAGCCGUAAGUUCAGAUGGAGUGUGGAUUACAUAUAAUACAGAGAACCUAUUGUGGCUACCUCAAGAGUAUCGGCCGUCAUGUUCAGCUGUGUCAGGGGAGAUGAUUGGCAUUGGUGUUGGGUCUGGAAAGCUA